ACAGCCUUCAGCCUUCCCUUUCCUUGAUGUCAGUCUGGAAUAAUAGGUUAAUAGUCCGGUGUUAACAUUGUUAUCGUCUGCACUACAGUCAGGGGAACACACGUGAGGGUUUGAGGUUGUGUGUGUGUGUGUAGUCUGGCCACACAUCAAUGUAUUGCAUCACCAGAACAUCCUUAAGGCGCCUGGGAGAACAGUGGACAGGAGUGAGUUACUCCCAGGUGAAGUCAGUGUUUGAGUACAGUGAUGUGAGCAGGCGAGGGUUGUCUUCCAGCAGCACAACUUGUAGUGACCGUCAUGAUGACCCACCAAACUCACAAGACAACAAAAACCAAAAUUUUCGAAGGCAUAAAUACGCUAAUCCAUUACAGAGAACAAUUGGAAUAUUGAGUGAUGAUGUGAAGGGCUUCUUCUUUGGUGUACAGUCCAGAUUCCCAACCACAGGAAAGACCCUAGAUGGAGGAGACCCCAGACCUGAGCCCCAGGACAGACUGGGGGAGGUAUGGCCUUCUCACUGUGACGUGCUGGUGGUGGGCGGGGGAGUUAUGGGGUCAUCCAUUGCUUAUCACCUGAAGGAACGAGCUCUCCAAGGACUGAAUGUUGUGGUGGUGGAGGAGGAUCCUACUUAUACAAGAGCGUCUACUGUCCUCUCAGUGGGUGGCAUCCGGCAACAGUUCAGUGUGCCAGAAAAUAUCCAACUGUCAAUGUAUGGGAUGGAGUUCUUGAGGAAGGCUCCCCAGCUUCUAGGAGUAGAGGGGAUGGAUCCUCCUGAUAUGCAGUUCAAUCCCCAUGGUUACCUGACACUGGCAUCAGAGGCCGGGGUACACCAGCUGGAGGAAAAUUAUACAUUACAGAGAGACUUGGGUGCCAAGGUGGAUUUCAUGUCAGCGGCGCAGCUCAAGGAUAAGUUCCCGUGGCUGAAUACAGACGGUGUUGAAGGAGGAGUCUUGGGCUUGGAAAAUGAAGGGUGGUUUGACCCGUGGAGCCUCUUAUUCAGUUUACGACGUAAGGCUGUCUCUCUUGGUACCCAGUAUGUUAAUGGAAGGGUUACUGGGUUGGAGAGUCAGAUCCUUGAUGAUGCAAUUUUAGAAACAGAUUACAGAUCAAACGUCAAAAAUCUUCGAAAGGCUGAGAUUACACUUGCAAAUGGAGAAAAGCGCAAUAUUCAUUUUGCAAUAUUAGUGUUAGCGGCAGGAGCGUGGUCGGGUGAAAUAGGUCGCCUUGUGGGUAUUGGGAAGGGAGAUGGUGUAAUGGCCGCCCCAAUACCUGUAGAGCCGAGGAAAAGAUAUGUAUAUUGUGUCCAUGCACCAGAUGGUCCUGGACUAAACAGCCCAUUGGUGAUUGAUCCUAAUGGUACUUACUUCCGGCGUGAGGGUCUAGGCGGCAACUACCUCUGUGGACAGUCCCCACAUGAAGAUAAUGAACCACCAGUUGAUGACCUGAAAGUUGAUGAAAAGUUUUUUGAAGAUGAAGUAUGGCCAACAAUAGCCAAUCGUGUUCCUUCUUUUGAAAAUCUAAAGCUUCAUACCUCGUGGGCUGGUUACUAUGAUUAUAAUACCUUCGACCAGAAUGGCAUCAUUGGACUCCAUCCACUUGUCUCCAAUAUGUUCAUUGCUACAGGCUUCAGUGGUCAUGGUAUCCAACAAGCAGCAGGUGUGGGCCGAGCUAUCAUGGAAUGCAUCUUACUUGGGGAGUACCGCACCAUCAACCUGGAGCGCCUUGGUUUUGAGAGGAUCCUUUUGAAUGAACCUUUGUAUGAGAAAAAUAUAGUUUAAUAAUGUUAUUACAAGUAAUUCUGGAAAGUUACACAAAUCUAGAUACAGUAGUUGUUCAUUAAUGAUAAAUAUUAUUAUUGUUAAUAAAGUUACUUUUAUCAAUUGAAUAUAGAACUCCAAUGAUCAUCUUUUCAACAAGAUUUAUGGUUAGAAAUUAUUGUGUUAAGAUCAGGGCGUGAUUGCAUCAGAUGUCAGUCAGCCAUGUGAUUUUAAAUUAAGAUUUUACGAAACUGUACAAAUUCUUCACAUUUUGGUCAAAAUUGACCUUAAAAUAUAAAAAUAUUUGAAAUAAA